AUGGUGGCGGUUACGGUGGUCAGCGCCGCCAGCGGCGAGGAGAUCCUCACAAUGGAGCUGGGUGAGGAGUGGCAUGUCUCCGAGCUGAAGGCCAUCAUCUUCGCCAAAGACGGCACCUGCCCGGAGCUGCAGACUUUGUUGCUGAAGGACCAGAUCCUCAGCGACGGCCAGCGCUUCUACGAGCUGGGAGAAGGCCCGCUCGAGCUUCAGCUGCUACGCCGGCGCUGGACCAUCACCGUCCGGGAUGUUCGCGAAGCCUCUGGCUGCACGGAUGGUGUUCACGGGGUGACCAGGAACGGGCCGUACGGGUACAUGGACUACAGAUUGGGAGCCGGUGGUUACAAGAAGGACGCCGAAGUGUGGUACGUGGAGAGCUACCCAGGGUGCACUGAUGGGGACUUCCUAUGGAAAGUUGCGGAGAAGAUCGGGCUGCCUCCCAGAACACUUCCCAGAUUGAUUGCUGCGAACAGGUGGCAUGUAUCAGACGCCGGUGGUUACGACUUGGCAAGCUAUGAGCUACAGUCUGGAUCAGAGGUGCGGCUGACGAACACAUACCAAGCGCCGCUGGUGAGUGUGGGCACGAGCCCGCCGAAGAGUAGGCGAUCCGAGUUCCUAGAGUCCAACUCAGCCUUGGGCCUGCUGGAUGAGUGCCAGAGAGCGACCUUGCUACUUGACAUAGAAGAUCUUGAAGUCGCUGGCGAGGUGAAGACAAUUCUGACCGGUGCCGCCAAAGGCUGUGGCUGCGCGGCUCAGUUGCCCCAAGUCUUGACAGACACCGAGUGCCGGAACAUCGAGUCAGCAGCUAAAAGCCUGGCAUUUGUCCCCCAGGAGUUGUCUUGCCAACAGGGCACCCGCCGAUACAACCGUGUGGUGGUGCAAGAUGAGAGGCUAUCCGAGUUGUUGUGGACCCGCAUGAGACCUUUCCUUGAGGAGGCACUAGCAGCGGAGAGCAAGCGGCCACUAGGAUUUGGAUGUGCGCAGGGCGAAUGGGAGUUGGCGGGUUUGAACAGCUGCUUCCGCAUCAACUCCUACGGGCCUGAGGGUUUCCUGAAACCACACCGCGACGCGGCCUUCAGCCCCGACCACUCCCAGCGGUCCUUCUGCACGCUGCUGAUUCCGCUCACCAGCGCUGGGCGCACGCGGUUCUACCAGCCCAAGGCGCCGCUGGACUUCCGUGGGAUGAGUCUCUCGGAAGAGCUGGAUGCGCGCGGCGGUCUGCACAAGGGCUUCUGGCCCACGGAUGCCGUGCUAUCUGCGGGCUGCCCACUCGUCUUCGGCCAGGCGCUGCUGCACGAAGGCCUGCCGGACCAAAAUGGCCAGAAGGCGGUGCUCCGCACUGACGUCAUGGUGAGGAGACCGUCCUUGCCCCGAGUGCUGUUGACUUCUGACGAACGGAGAGAUCACAUGCAGGCCUUGCGGUGGUUCAGGGAGGCUCAGCAGAACGAGCUCAGAGGCAAGCCCAGCAACGACUUUUACGAGAAAGCCCUGUCUUACCGCUAUUUCCAUCCCAGCGGCAAACCGCCCGUCGAUUCCGAGUCCGAGCCCGAGCUCCGGAAGUGGACGGCUCAAGAGGCGGCGCCUUUGACGCCCAACCCCUUGCUGGAGCGCCACGGGUUCCAAAUGCCCGAGUUGGCCUACCUUAAAGGCCCGGUUGCUGCCUUCCGCCUCAAGGGAGAAGGAGAUGCCGCUAGCGGUUCAACCAGCACGGGUCAUUUGCGGGUGGCGGCCAUGUAUGCACUUCACCUACUGGGGCACAAGGCGUAUGAGGAAUGGGACGGAGCUCAGUACACCGUGGACUUCGAUCCAUCCACUCAGAAAGUCGCGGCUGUGCCUCUACCGCAACUCUUAAAGGAUGUCUUCGAGUCGAAACCCUGCUACGGGGCCAUCUACAAUGUCGCGUCUCGCACCGGCGAUGCAGAACAGGAUUUCCACAGAGCCGUGGACAGAGCACACCUGGUGUUGCAGCAUGGCUCUUUGCCUUGCUCUUCAAGUGUGGACUUGCUGGCUGGCAUGAGAAGUACAGGGUUUGUAGAGAAUGCCGACGACGGAGCGGACUUGCAGGGGGAGGGGGUGGAGAGCUACCGGCUGCCUGACUUCAACCAGGCCGUGCGAGAAGCCUACUGCCACGACGCAAAGAAGCAGCGGGACACCCGCGAGGUUCAACCUGACUGGUCCCGGUAUUUGUCUGCCUUGCUGUCUGCUGGCGCGCCGGGGCUGGAUGUUGUGUCAAUCGCCAAGGGUGAGGAGACCUACUUGCCGCGCCGAUUCGUUUACCACUGCGAAUGCGGGGAGUGCGACACAGAACCGCCCAAUGACAAAGUGAGCCCAUCAAUGCAGCCGCUGAACCAUUUGGUCUUCGACUUCGGCAAGCACGAGCUCUUGGUGGAGGCCCAAAGCGCAGUGCAGCCUUCGAGCGGGCUGCAUGAUCUUCACCUCCUGUGGGCCGAGCUGCUGAGCCAGCGCCAAAGCUUUCAGCCGGACGCGGAGCCCAUGAUUAUGACUCUGCCCCUUGAGGAUGGCCAACUCACGCUCUUCAAGGACUCGCCCUGCACUGUGGCGGCCUUCGACUCUAAGGGGGAGCUGCAGACCGGCCUGCCCGAGGAAAGCUUCUUGCCGGGGUCGAGCAUGCUGAACUGGCCGGUAUGCAACAGCCAGGCCAUGCAAGAGUUCCUUUCCGGGUCUACCACCGAGUUCUUCCCCUGGUACACCAUCUCGCUGCGCGGUCUGAACGCGUCCUUCCACCACGCGGGGGAGAUGAACGGCUGCCACUCUUCCACAACCCUGGGCGUACAGGUGGAGCACGCGGGCCUUGCGGAAUCGGAGCACACCACCACCGUCCUGGCGGCGGUCACGGCAGAUGGGGAAGACACGCUGCGCCUCGGAUUUGGACGAUCUAUCAUGGCCUCUCUGCCCUGUGACACGGCCAUGCAGCAUGGGCGCGGUGAUAUUGCUUUGCCUCGCGGCAAGUUGCACUCGGGAGCCAACUUUGUACAGGUGCACCAGUCCCCGGAGCGACCCGAAUCCAAGGGGCCGGAACGAGAGCUGCCUUUGCACGCGCAGGUGAUGCCCUUGGAGCCGGAAGAUCCGCUUGGCGCCCUGUCGGCUACCGACCCAGCGCUGUGCCUGCAACUGCAGACUGCGAUCCUGAGCUUCGCUUGCCCAAGGCAAGAGGAGGAGUCCGAGGAGCGCACCUCAAAGGGGACUGCGCAGGUACCGACGGGCCUGGUGCCCGAACGUGGUGGAGGCUCUAGCCCACCCUCAGCGCGCCACUUUCAGGCCAAGCAGGAGCUAGUCACGUGGAGCCCCAAGGACGCCGCCACCUGCGCGGACCGGGCCUUGAAGGGCCUCGCCUGCCCCGCCGCCACGCGCCUCGCGACGGACCUGCUGCCGGAGCUGCCCCUACCUGAGCCCUGGGCUCCUUUCCGCAGCCGCAAGGGGAAGCUCUUCUUCCUGAAUCCUGAGACCAGGGAGACCACCUGGGACCAUCCCUUGGAGGCCGCGCUGCGGGAGAUGGCGGUGCUCUGCAAGAGCCUGCUGGAUUUGGACACAACCUGGCGAGAGACACUGCUUGCUACCCAGACCGCCGGCUUGGAUGAGGACCAGGAGGCUGAGCUUGCGGCCUGGACGGUCUCAGAGUCCGAGGAGAAGCCGAUGUGGCACAACGCGAAGACCGGUGAAGCGACGCCGCUGAACCCCAGGGCACGCAUCGUCGCGUCGUAUCAGUGCAAGCGCCUGGCGCUAGAGAAGCUGGCCACUACCAGGUACCUGCAAGACUUGCAGAAGCUGCAGCCCUUGCAGCCCAGCGGCUCCUUCCAGAACAUGGACCGCGCUAUCCAGUGGCUCACCGAGCAGUUGGACGACGAGUCCGGCACCGCCAGCCGAACGCCGAGCCGCACGCCCAGCCGCACGCCCAGCCGAACACCUCAGGGCCGAGACGAGGGAGGCGUCGAGGCAAAGUUCGCUGAGAGCCUGGCAGCAAUGAACCAGGCGGCACCAACGGAAGCAACGCCCACGGAGACCGAGACGCCGUGCGGAGGCGCGGAGCACAAGGAGCCUGAGGCAGCAGCAUCGCAGGAGACUACGGCGAGCGAGCAGAGAGGUGAUGACACCCCGAGGUCAGCAGACGCCACUGAGGUUCAGGACGCGCUGGGCGUUGUGGCCACGCUGUUGGCACAGGCGGUGAAAUCGCAGGCCGAGCCGCAGGAGAAGCAGGAGUGCACCUUCUUCCAGCUGCUCGGCAUGGACGUGGCCGACCUGCACCACGCCUUGUGCGCGGCGCAGAUGCAACACACCAACCUCGUCAAGGAGGGCAUGGUGGACUACAUUACCUUCACCCAGUGGCUGCUCUCCGGGUGAUUUCCGCCGAGAAUUGGCCAAUCAAUUCGAAGGAGGCCGCCAGUUUCACCGAAGAGAACGAGUUCGCUUGC